AUGGCGGCGGUGGCGGUGCUGCGGAAUGAGACACUCCAGGCUUUUCUUCAGGAUCGCACUCCGAACUCCUCUCCAGAGAACUGUAAGCACUCUCCGCUGGCUCUCCUGGCCGCCACUUGUAACCGGAUCGGGCACCACCACGGAUCCAACCACACCGACUUCCUCCAGGUCCAGUACGACCCCACUCUGGGCUCCCCCUCGCGUUUGUUUCACCCGUGGACUAGCGAGGGGAACCCCCAGAGCAGCCUGGCCGGCAACUCCACUUUCGGACUAUCCUCCAAGCCCCAGCUGACCGCGCACAUCCAGAGCUCCUUCAGCGCGCACCACGAACUGCCCCUCACCCCUCCGGCGGACCCCUCGUACCCCUAUGACUUCUCCCCCGUGAAGAUGCUGCCUUGCUCCAUGCAGUCCCUGCAGUCCACCUGCCCCCCCACCUACGUCCCCGCCGUCAGCUACGCGGCCCCUGCUCCCAUGCCGACCGCGAUGUCAAGUUUUGUCACGGGACCCUCCGGCCUUAUGCACCACCACCACCACCACCAGCAGCAGAGACAGUUGUCCCCGAACCCCGGGGAGGAUAUUCCGUGGUGGAGCCUGCAGCAGGGGAACCACGUCAGCCACUCUGCCUCCCUGGGUCACCACCGCUUCCAGCUGCAGCGGGGCUUGGUGCUGGGACACACGGACUUUGCGCAGUACCAGACGCAGAUCGCCGCGCUCCUGCACACCAAGUCCCCGCUGGCGACUGCGCGGCGGUGCAGGAGGUGCAGGUGUCCCAACUGCCAGUCGUCCACGUCCAGCGACGAGCCGGGCAAGAAGAAGCAGCACAUCUGCCACAUACCGGGCUGCGGGAAAGUUUACGGGAAAACGUCGCACCUGAAGGCGCACCUGAGGUGGCACUCCGGGGAGAGGCCGUUCGUGUGCAACUGGCUGUUCUGCGGCAAGAGUUUCACCAGGUCGGACGAGCUGCAGAGACACCUGAGGACUCACACGGGGGAGAAGCGCUUUGUGUGCCCGGACUGCUGCAAGAGGUUCAUGAGGAGUGACCACUUGGCAAAACACGUGAAAACGCACCAGAACAAAAAGGGCAAGUGCCACGACAAGACUCUGGACCACGUCAAAAGGGAGGACACGAGGAAUAUGUUGUAA